AUGUUAUUUAUCUUGUUAAAAAUUGCUAGAACCUACUUUUCCUUUUACUACCUGGCGAUACAGUCACCGACAUACAAUCCCAAGAAAUCCCAACUCCGAGCAUUGGCUGGUUCACGAAAUUGCUUUUUUUCGCCGAUUAACUGUAUGAUCACUCACGAUGUAGCGAAAUAUAGAAAACUCGCCGGCUCCACUUGA